AUGGUUUCUCUUACUGGAUCCAAUUGUGUUUCUCUCCGUUCCGCCACUUUUGCCGCUGUCGGUAAUUGUAAAAUCACUCAGAUCCGCCAUUACUCUCCGCUUCUCAAUCAUCUCCGUCCCGUCUUGGGUAGUUUCGUCUUCUUUUUUUCUUGCAAGAAUGAGGUUCUCUCGCAAAACAAUCGCCAUUGCCAAAGUUGUUCUCUGCUUCUUCGUGCUCGACUUCCUCCUCCGAUCAGAAUCCGCCCUCGCCAACAACCAAAACAACGUUUCCCUCACCAUCGCCAAACAUCUUUUCUCCAAAGAAUCUCAUCAAGACAAGAAUAUGGUGUUAUCUCCACUUUCACUACAAGUUGUGCUAAGCAUCAUCGCUACUGGCUCCGAGGGCCCCACACAACAACAACUUCUCAACUUCCUCCAAUCCAAAUCCACCUAUCAACUCAACUCCUUCGCCUCUACCCUCGUCUCCGUCAUUCUAAAAGACGCUGCUCCCGCUUCAAACGAAUUGUGUCUAAUGAUUUCAAGAACAAGGCUGUUGAAGUGAACAAUGAAGUGAAUUUAUGGGCUGAAAGAGAGACAAAUGGUCUUAUUAAAGAACUUCUUCCUUUAGGGUCGGUCGACUACUUUACUCAGCUAAUAUUUGCUAAUGCACUAUACUUUAAAGGAGAGUGGAAUGAUAAUUUUGAUGCUUCGGAAACGAAUGUCUAUGAUUUUCACCUUUUGAAUGGAAACUCAGUUAAGGUUGACUUCAUGACUAGUGAUGAGAAGAAGCAGUUUAUUAGAGAUUUCGAUGAUUUUAAAGUUCUUGGCCUUCCUUAUAAGCAAGGCGAAGACAAGCGUCAAUUUACGAUGUACUUUUUUCUUCCAAAUGCAAAAGAUGGGCUGCCAACUUUGCUUGAGAAGCUUGCUUCCGAAUCUGAGUUACUGCAACACAAGCUUCCUCUUGACAAAGUGGAAGUAGGUGACUUUAGGAUUCCAAGGUUCAAUAUUUCAUUUGAACUUGAAACUUCUGAUAUGUUAAAGGAGCUUGGCGUGGUUUUGCCUUUCACUAAUGGAGGUUUGACUAAAAUGGUGAACUCUGCUGUGAGUCAAAACCUUUAUGUUUCCAAAAUAUUCCACAAGUCUUUCAUUGAAGUAAAUGAAGAAGGCACCAAAGCUGCUGCGGCCACCGCAGGUUUACUAUGUGGAAGCUCCUUGAGUCUUCCAACAGACAUAAACUUUGUAGCUGACCACCCAUUCUUAUUUAUUAUCAGAGAAGAUUUGACCGGAACUAUCGUCUUUGUUGGGCAGGUGCUCAAUCCUCUUGCUAGAUGAUCUUAGUGAGUCACAUUAUAUUCGAUUGCUAAUAGAUAAAUAGGGAACUUAUUUUCUAAUAUUUCAUGUGUUUAUAAUGAAGAUAGUCCUAUAUUUGGAUAUGAUUCAUGUGCGGGUGAUAUUUUUAGCAUAUUUUUUCUGACAUAUGAUGUUAGUAAAAUGGGAAUGUUAGAGAGAUAUUUACCUACGUUUUCACAUGUUCAUAAAUAUUUU